AUGGUAUAUCGACCCAGCGAAUACCGUGAGGUGCCACCUGUGGACUUGCUUUCCUGGAUUUUCGAGAACAAUGGCGUGGAUCCUGAGAUAGAUAUUCUGAUUGACGCUGCCAAUCACGGAAACAGAUUGAACACUCGACAAGCAGUUUCGUUGAUACGAAAACUUAUUGCUGGUUUCAGAAUGGCUGGCUUAGAAGCAGGAGAUACUGUCUGCGUGCAUGCAUUCAAUUCUAUUCUUUAUCCACUACUCUAUUUCGGUAUCAUCGGUGCAGGUGGUACAUUUGUUGGAUCUAACCCUGCUUACAAAAGUCUCGAGAUCAGGCAUUUGUUGUCAAUCACAAAACCUAGAUUUCUCCUCGUAGAAGCUAGUCUUGUGGAGAUUGUAUUGCCUGCGGUCGGAACUUGUAUACCUACCUCAAAAAUACUCGUCCUCGAUACCGAGCCUCAGACAUGCACUCAGGAUAGCUUCAAAUGCUGGAAAAGUUUGCUUCAACAUGGCGAGCAUGACUGGAUUCGGAUUAGCAAUGAAAUGGCAGCCAAAUCGACAAUCGCUGUACUGCAACUAACCAGUGGUACAACAGGCCUGCCGAAGGCAGCAGCUACCUCGCAUUAUGCUCUGGUUGCCGCAGGAGUUGCCAUGCGAUCUUCAGAGAAGAGGCCAUACGAGAUUUCAAGACUUAUUUCCUUGCCGUUGUUUCACUCUUUCGGUGCCUCAUUCGUACAAAUAUCUGCUUUUCACUAUGACAAACCUACCUAUGUCAUGCGUAGAUUCAAUGCCGAAGGCUUCAUACAAGCGUUGAACCGUUCCAAAGUCACGGAGACUGCUGUCGUACCUGCCAUGCUGGCAAGCAUCGUCAGACAGCGAAUACCGCCAAACAUGCUGAAACGUCUGAGACGAAUAUGGUGUGCUGGAUCUUCGUUGUCUCCAAGAUUGAGCAAAGCCAUGUAUGAGCUCUUGCAUGGAGACGCGGUGAUCUCUCAAGUCUGGGGCAUGACAGAAUUUGGGCGCAUAACUUCCUCUGAAUGGUGUGAGAAAGAUGACGGUAGCGUUGGCAAGCUGCUACCGAACACGGAAGCAAGAGUCAUCGACAAGCAAGGCUUCGAAGUUGUUGACGCAGGCGUCCAGGGUGAACUUGAGAUCCGUGGACCCUCAAUGAUGAACGAAUACUCAGACUGCCCAACCGGUACCGUAGAGACUCUUCGUAGCGGCUGGCUCAAGACUGGCGACUUUGGAUACGUAAAAAACGAUAAGGUCUAUAUUGUAGGCCGGAUCAAGGAACUCAUCAAAGUGCGUGGGUGGCAAGUCUCGCCCAACGAGAUUGAAGACGUCCUCUUGAUGCAUCCAUCGAUUAUUGACGCUGCCGUGAUUGGUGUCAGCCGGUCUGGCACAGACCCUGUAGACGAGCUUCCUCGCGCAUACGUGGUGAUCAACAAGGAAGAACCUGUCAGCGUAGACGACCUGGAGGUCAUGAGAUUUGUUCAAGAUCGACUAGCCAGCUUCAAGGCGCUGGGUGGUGGAGUGGAGUUCGUGGACUCAAUCCCAAGAAGUCACAGCGGAAAGAUCUUGCGACAUGAACUGAGGCAAAGAGCGAUGUCGAAACUUGCCACAAGACCAAUUGAGGCAGAGACAGAAUCUCAAUGA